UACCCACGUGUUACAACCUAACCCCUAAAAAAUAAAAAAAUAAAAGUCAAUAUUGUGUUGAGGCUUUUGUUGAUUAAAAAUUGUUGUUUAACUAAAAAAAAAGUUAUUAAAUAAGCUAAAAAAAUGGUGGUCAGUGAUAGUGACAGUGAUGAUUCAAUGACAAAAACAACUGAAAUGAACACAGUGAUAAAUAAAUCUGGUGUAUAUAUUAAAGGAAAAGAAAUAAAUGAUACACCAAAACCAAAAAGUAGAAAAUCAGUUUUAAUAAAUGAAUCAUUAUUAGCCAGUACACCAGUACAGAAUGGAAAAAAAAUACGUAAAAGUAUAUUAAAAAAACCAGAUGAAUCAAGAAUAAAUGAGGAUGAUUUAAAUACAAGUAACAAUUUAAUAAAUUCACCAUCAAUCAUUAUUUCACAAUCAGCAUCACCAACAAAUAUUUUAAAAUCACCACAAAUAAAUACUGAAGAAAAAAUAACAAAAAAUAAAACAUUAUCAAGACCACAUAAUCUUGAAGAUUUUUUUUACAAUGAAGAUUUAGAAGUUGAAAAUAAAUUACCAACAUAUACAAUUGAUGAUGUUGAUAAAGAUGAUGAACUUUGGAUUAUGGAAAUACCAAAAACAAUUGAUGUUAACCAAUUAAUUGGACAAGUUAUAAUAUUUGGUGAUAAAACAACAUUAAAAUUAGAUAAUGGAAAAAAAUAUCAUGGUCAUACAGAAAAUAAUGAUGAACUUAAAAAAAUGACAUGUGUAUUUUCUGCUGGACAAUCAACAAAUGAAUAUGUUAAUGCAAGUUUAUGUCCAUCUGGUACAGUUACACUCAGAAGAAAAUUAUCAGCUAAAAAAACAUCACAAGACAUGGAAUAAUUAUUUAAAUAAUAAUUUUAAUAUUUUCAAUGACAUUCUACAUAAUU